AUGGCUACAGGAAGAGUAGCUUCUCCAACACAAUUCUUCAUAGUCCUUCUCCUAGUUCCUGGCUUAUGCUGUGUAGGUUGCAAUGCCAGGGAUGAUCAUCAUAAACAUUGUGAACCUUCGGUGUGUGGCGAAAUACGUAACAUAAGCUACCCUUUCCGACUAAAACAUGAUCCAGAGAAGUGCGGUGACUCAAGGUAUGAGUUGUCUUGUGAGAACAAUCUAACAGUAUUAUACUUGUAUGCUGGAAAAUAUUAUGUACAGGCAAUCAAUUAUAGUAACUACACAAUCCGAGUUGUGGAUGCCAAUCUUCAUAAGGAUAACUGCUCUUCAAUUCCCCAUUAUUCCUUGUCCAUGUAUAACUUCAGUGAUGGGGAUCCGUAUCUGGUUUCUCAAUUGAGAGGUACAUGGAGGGACCUUUUUCAUGACAAUUUUGAACUGUCAAAGCCUAUAAUAUUUUUGACCUGUGAAACCCUGGUGAAUUCAACUCUCUAUGUGGAUACUGCUACUUGCAUUGGUUCUAUGAGUAGUUCCAAUUCCAAUAGGCAUUCAUAUGUUAGUGUUGGACGAAUAAAAGCUUCAGAUUUUAGGGAGUUUUGUCGCAUAGAGCUUAUGUUUAUGACAUCAUCACUGCGUACAAACGACAUGAACAUUUCCUACAUAGACAUCCACAAUGAGAUGAUCUAUGGCUUUGAACUUACAUGGGUGCAGAAGAGCUACAGCAUUAGGGACCUAAGCCAGUUUACUUGCUACAUCGACAGUGAUACCAACAAAGUUAAUUGCUUUUCUGAUUGCUACUGGGGAAACUCGAAAUCCAAUUGUGGCAUCAUGAAAUAUCUAAUAGGUGAGGACUCUCAAUCUUGUAUUGCUUUCAAUUUCUUCAGUGGUCCUUUCAAAAACGAUUCAAUCAACUCCCUGUCUAAGCUUUUUGUCUUCGAUCCUUAUUUACAUUGGUGA